AUGGAAAUUGGAUCACCCCCACCGCCGAACUGUGACAAUCAUUCUUCAUCUGAUGAAAGUGUUGAUAAUACAAAUUGUGGAGAUUUACAUACCCCUGAUUGCCCUAACGAAGUGAAACCCUUUGUUGGUCGUAACUUUCCCACAUUGGAGAAAGCAAUUCAGUUUUAUGAAAAUUAUGGUCGACAUGUUGGUUUUGAUACCCUCAAGUGCGGGUCUAAAAAAAUUGGUCAACUCACCAUAUGGUUUUAUAUGGCGUGUAGUAGAGAAGGUGAAAAAAGAGUGCAAGACAAGCAAGCUAGACGCAGACGUAAAUCCAAGAAAUGCGGCUGUAAAGCUAGGGUUGCCUUCAAGUUUGACUCCGACAGAGGCUACGUAAUCAAGAAUUUGAAUGAAGAACAUAAUCAUCCUAUGGUGCUUCCAAACCACCAGAAAUUCAUGAGACUCAAUCGUCUUCUUGACGAUGUCCACCAAAAAUUUAUUACCGAUUGUGCUGGUGUCAAUAUUGGUCCAUCACUAACAUUUAAAUUGUUGACUGAAUUGAUGGGUGGAUAUGAGUCAGUCGGGUGUACUGUAUUGGACGUUCGCAAUUACACUCGAGACAUUAGGAGAUAUGCUGAAGGGCAUGAUGCUCAGAUGAUAUUAGAUGAGCUAAGGAAGAAGAAGGAAAGUUGUGAUGCCUUCACGUAUGAAUAUAAGGUCGAUUCUAGUGAUAGAAUGUCACAUUUAUUCUGGUGUGAUCCGCUAUCAAAGAAGAAUUUUUUGCUAUUCGGUGACAUUGUUUCAUUUGACACUACUUACUCAACCAACAGGUACUAUAUGAUAUUUGCUCCGUUCACUGGUAAGGACAAUCAUGGAAGAGCUGUGACAUUUGGUGCAGGUCUACUUUGUAGUGAGAGUGCAGACUCUUUCUCCUGGCUAUUCCGGCAGUUUGUGAAAUGCAUGGGUGUAGCUCCGAAAUUGAUCAUUACUGACCAAGACCUGGGAAUGAAGGUUGCUGUCGAGGAGGUCCUUGUGAACACACGUCAUAGAUGGUGUAUGUGGCACAUCAUGGCAAAAGUUGCUGAGAAGGUCCCAAAAUCAUUGCUUGGUAAUACAGAUUUUAAGAAGGAGUUAAACUCAUGUGUCUGGUCCGAGUUGAUUGAAUCCACCGAGUUUGAAGACACUUGGCAUAAGAUUAUGGAGGAAUAUGGACUUGAAGACACGGAUUGCAAGUCCAAAGCUAACCUUGUUGUGUUCUUAAUGAACUUCAAUAAUGCUUUGGAGGCUCAAAGGCACCAAACGGCAAAGCUUGAUUAUAUGGAUGCUAAUACCACAUCGACAUUGAAGACACAGUGGCCUAUUGAAAAGUAUGCUUCUACAAUAUUCACUGACGGUGCAUUCAAGGAAAUUCAAGAACAAAUAUUGGAGGCAAACAAUCAUUGCAGUAUUUUGGCGAUAUCAAAUGAAUCCACUCAUGACAUCUACAAGGUAUUAGAUCAUUUCUCAAACACAUGGAAUGUUACAUACUCAGAAUUGGAUUUUGCCUUUCAUUGUGGUUGCAAAAUGUUUCUGAGAACUGGUCUUGUAUGCUGUCACAUCUUCCUUGUGUUGAAACACAAAAACUUUAAGUUGAUUCCUGACAAUUUGAUUGGAGGUCGAUGGUUAAAGUCCCCACUAGUAAAGUCAGCUCAUGGUGUUGAUUGUGAAGAUGUGAGUACUCAUGUCUAUGUGGAUGAGAAGAAGAAGGCUUCGUCUAUCUUGUUGGGUGAAAUGUUGUCUUUGUACCAAGCUGUUUCUAUCGAUAUUGAUCAAACCCAUGAAUUGACUUCUAUACUUCGUGAUGUAAGGCAGCAAAUUUUUGCCGAUGGUGUGGUAUUGUCAGCUGCACAAAAGAAGCAGCGUAUUGAGUCUUUUUAUGGUGGGGAGAAACCCCUUGUUGUUGAUGUUCAUCCUCCUGAAGUUGUGAAGACGAAGGGGCAUGCAAGUAGGCUCCAACCAAGAUCUAAUUCUGAAUUGGAUUAUAGAAUUGCUAAGCUUUGGAAGGAUUAUGGUUCAAUUCGAUCUUGA